AACUCCUCAUCCCCAAUCUUUCUCACUUUCUCUUUUGCUCUCAGUUUGUUUUCUAGUGUUAGAGAGAAGAAAACAAUGGCUGUGGUGAGUGUGGUGUGCAUUGCCUCUCUGAUCUCAUUAAUGUGGAUGGCUGAAGCCAGAAUCCCUGGGGUUUACUCUGGGGGAGCGUGGGAGAGCGCCCAUGCUACCUUCUAUGGAGGCUCUGAUGCCUCUGGCACUAUGGGUGGAGCUUGUGGAUACGGCAACCUGUACAGCCAAGGCUACGGCGUGAACACGGCUGCCCUGAGCACAGCACUGUUCAACAAUGGCCUGAGCUGCGGUGCCUGCUUCGAGAUCAAGUGCGCAAAUGACCCAAGGUGGUGCCACGCCGGCAGCCCAUCAAUCCUCAUUACGGCCACUAACUUUUGCCCGCCAAACUUUGCCCAACCCAGCGACAACGGCGGCUGGUGCAACCCUCCUCGCCCUCACUUCGACCUCGCCAUGCCCAUGUUCCUCAAGAUUGCCGAGUACCGUGCCGGAAUUGUUCCCAUCGCCUUCCGCCGGGUGCAAUGCCGCAAGCACGGUGGGAUCAGGUUCACAAUCAACGGCUUCCGCUACUUCAACCUGGUCCUGGUCUCCAACGUCGCGGGUGCAGGGGAUAUCGUGCGCGUGCUGGUGAAGGGGUCCAAGACUGGCUGGAUGACCAUGAGCCGCAACUGGGGUCAAAACUGGCAGUCAAACGCAGUGUUGGUGGGACAACCAUUGUCAUUUAGGGUGACGGGGAGCGACAGGCGCACCUCAACCUCGUGGAACAUCGCCCCAGCCAAUUGGCAGUUCGGUCAAACUUUCACAGGAAAGAACUUUAGGGUUUGAUGAAAUCGAAGAAAAAAAAAAAAAAGUCAAGAUUUUAGAAGUCCCGCCAUGACCCUUUUCCAUUUUUACCCUCAUUAGCGCCAGUUUUGGGAAGUUGUUUUUGACUGGGUUGUUGGGGAACGUAAAAGUAUUAUUGGGCUAAUAAUAAGAGAGUGAGAUUGGGGAGGAUUUUGGUAGGGAAAAGAGUGGGUGAGUGGGAGUUUUUUCUUUUCUUUUUUUUUGUUGACUUUUUUUGAUUGAUGGGUUUUUGGGGGGUGGGGGUGUGUGACUGAGUGGGGGUGUGAAACUGUAGUAUAACUGGUUAAGGUAAAAAGCAAAAUGAGAAGGUUGUAGGGUAAAAUUAGGGCUGAAGCGGCUGCAAAAGAUUGUAGCCCGCAGCUUAUAAUAUUUUAAUGUUUAUAUAGAAUGAUGAAAUAUCAUUUAAGAAGUGCUUUGUACUAAUUUAUAUAGUUGAAAUGGAAAGUAUUUGGUUUGUUUUAA